AAAUGACAGACGAAGAUAGAUUGUUGCCAAUAGCCAAUGUAGGGAGACUUAUGAAGCAAAUCCUACCAUCAAAUGCAAAGAUCUCAAAAGAAGCAAAACAAACAGUUCAAGAAUGUGCAACAGAGUUCAUAAGCUUUGUUACAUGCGAAGCAUCAGAGAAGUGCCACAGGGAGAAUCGGAAGACGGUGAAUGGAGACGACAUCUGGUGGGCUCUCAGCACUCUCGGCCUCGAUAACUAUGCUGACGCCGUGGGUAGGCAUCUUCACAAGUACCGUGAAGCCGAGAGAGAAAGAACUGAGCACAACAAAGGUAGCAAUGAUAGUGGGAAUGAGAAAGAAACCAACACUAGAAGUGAUGUACAGAACCAAUCGACAAAAUUUAUUAGAGUUGUUGAGAAGGGAAGCAGCUCCUCGGCCCGUUGA